AUGGAGAUUGAAGGCGCUAAAGAAGACGGCUAUUUAACUGGCCUGUCAUAUCUAGAUACUUCAUACGGAAUUGGUCCAAUCAUGGACAGACUUCCAUUUGGGCUUCAGGAAAGCAAUGUAAUAUUUCAUAUUUUACAGGCUGCUGUGGCAGGAGGUACGACCAUGAUAUUGGACUUUGUGAUCCCGCACAAAGGUACCUCUUUAUUAGAAGCUUAUGACAGAUGGAAGAGCUGGGCAGAUCCCAAAGUCUGUUGUGAUUACUCAUUCCAUGUAGCUGUGACUUGGUGGAGUGCAAAGGUGAAAGAAGAAAUGGAAAUAUUAGUCAGUGAGAGGGGUGUGAAUUCCUUUAAGAUGUUCAUGGCAUACAAAGAUCUCUUCAUGCUUCAGGAUGAUGAAUUGUAUUCCGUCUUCUGUCACUGUAAGAAGUUGGGAGCAAUUGCUCAGGUUCAUGCUGAAAAUGGGCAUUUAAUAUCUGAGGGUGCAAAGCAGAUGCUUGCAAUGGGAAUUUUUGGACCUGAAGGUCAUGAGCUUUGUCGACCUGAAGCAGUAGAGGCUGAAGCCACACAAAGGGCAAUUACUAUAGCCAGUUGUGUUAACUGUCCCAUCUAUAUAGUCCAUGUAAUGAGUAAAUCUGCCGCUAAAGUGAUUGCUAGUGCACGGAGAGAAGGGAAGGUUGUUUUCGGGGAACCUAUUGCAGCCAGUCUAGGAACUGAUGGGACCGCAUAUUGGGACAAAGACUGGCGCAAAGCUGCAGCUUAUGUCAUGGGACCUCCACUACGACCUGACCCCACUACACCGGGAUACCUCAUGGACUUGUUGGCUAAUGACGAUCUCACUGUGACGGGAACUGACAAUUGCACAUUCAAUGGCUGCCAAAAGGCCUUUGGAAAAGAUGACUUUACAAAGAUUCCAAAUGGAGUGAAUGGCGUAGAAGACAGGAUGUCCAUCAUUUGGGAGAAAGGAGUGCACACUGGUAAAAUGGAUGAGAAUAGAUUUGUAGCUGUGACCAGCACCAAUGCAGCAAAGAUAUUUAAUCUCUAUCCCAGAAAGGGGAAAAUAGCCAAAGGCUCUGAUGCUGAUGUUGUCAUUUGGGACCCAAAUGCUGUCAGGACUAUUUCAGUUAAAACACACCAUCAGGCUGUGGAUUUCAACAUCUUUGAAGGUAUGGUCUGUCAUGGGGUCCCUUUGGUUACCAUCUCACGAGGAAAGGUGGUGUUUGAUCAUGGAGUCCUACAUGUUGUGCCAGGCGACGGAAAAUACAUUCCACGGAAACCAUUUGCAGAAUAUGCCUUUAAGCGAAUUAGACAACGUGAUCAGGUUUGCCAGCCCAAGCCAGUACAGAGAGAGCCAUACAUGGGAGAAUGA